AUGGAAGAAAAAAUAAAGUUAAUGUUUCUAACUAAAAUUGUUGCGUUUAUCCUUUUAACUUGUAUAAGAGAUAACAGAGAUCUGGCUUGGUUUAACAUAAUGCAGAGUGAGAAAUUUAAUCAUAAUAGAAAAUUACAAGAAAAAACUUGUCUAUCGCUAACAAAAUAUAACCAGGAUAAUAGUUCAUGUAUUGUAGGAUUAAAUGAAGAGAUAUCACGUAGUGGAAAAGACGUACGAACACACAUGUAUAAUAAUGAAGUAGAUAAAGUAAGUAAAAAACAAUUAAACAAAAGUUCAAUGAAUAAUAAGAGAGGUCAUAAAAAUGAUAAGAAAAAUAAAUCAUGUAUUUUUGAAACAAAAAAAUAUUCCCGUUUAGAAAAAAAAAUAUUCAAAGAAUUAGAUUUUUCGAAUUUUCUUAGAAGCAAUAGGACAAUUAGCAAUAAACUUUACAAAAAAAUAACGCUCAAAAAAUACGGAUUACGAAUUGUCAUACCUUUAUUAUUGUUUUUGUUAUUACUAAUAUCUUUAAUUUUAGAUUUAUCUGGGAGUUAUGGAAUUAUAAAUGUGUUGAGUACGAAGAUGAAAACACUUGGUUCAAAUGUUUGGAAGACUUUUGGCCAAAAUUUUGGAUAUCUUAUAGGAAAAACUUUAGGAGAUUAUUUAAGGCCGCUUUUUACAGAGCCCAGCUGGGCAUCCACAAGUGAUCCAGCGAAGGUUUUCGCGACAACAGGUUUAUUUGGUUUUAUUGUAUAUAUUAUACCUUUCAUGAUAUUAGGUGUAACAUUUAUAUCAUGGAUAAUUUAUUAUCACAGAAAAGUUAAAAAAUAUGAAAAAAUUAAGUUUAGAAGAAGAUAA